AUGUGCUUCCACGUCGAAUCGCUCGCCAAUGAAGGUUACAAAGUAGCCAUCGUCGGUUACCCCGGAUCCGCCCUUCCCCCGGCCCUUCUUCGCUCGUCGAUCAAGCAGCACCAUCUGCUUUCCCCUCCCUCCUGGAUCUCUCGCCUUCCUAGAUCCGCAUUCAUUGCAAUCGCUCCCUUUAAAUUGCUCCUGCAAGCAGUGUCGCUCUUCGCCGAGCUGACCACCCAGGUUCACCCACCACCAGAGGUGAUCCUCGUCCAAACUCCACCUGCCCUUCCCACACUUCUGAUCGUCAAAGCCGCGGCCGCAUUGAUCAAAUCCAGGGUCAUCAUCGACUGGCAUAAUUUGGCGUUCACCAUCUUGGCCUUGAGGCUGGGCGGGAAGAGUAGGCUGGUGAAAGUGGCAGAGUGGUUGGAAAGGUGGAGUGGCAAGAAGGCCUAUGCGCAUCUGUUUGUGACGGAGGCGAUGAAGAAUCGGUUGAGUUUGGAGUGGAAGUUGGAAGGUGAGAAGGCGGUUUUGCAUGAUAGACCGCCAGGGCAUUUCAGGAGGGCGAAUGUGGGAGAGACGCACAGGUUGAUGACGAAGUUGUUGGAGGAGAUCCGACCGAGGAUAGGCGACGAUUGGUUGCCGGAGUACGAUUUGGUGGAAACGACACCGUUUACAAAAGUAGGAGAUGGAGGGGAAGUACAGUGGAGGGAGGAUAGACCGGCGUUGGUGGUAAGCAGCACAUCGUGGACAGCGGAUGAAGAUUUUGGCAUGCUGUUGAGGUCUGCUAGGUUGUACGAGUAUAGAGCGCGAGUGUUGGAGAAACCCGAAGAGUUGGUACAUUCAAGGAGCAGUACCGGGGAGAAUCUCUCCGCUACCCUGUCACCUGUUUCGCCUUCAUCCUCAGCCUCGGCGUCUUCCCACUUUUCCUACGCAGACGUCGAGCCGAUCCGAACGUCCAAAGAACGUCGACGACCCUCCAUCGGCGCGCUCCGAACAGCAACACUCCCCAACGAACCCGCGACCUCGCUCCCCAAGCUUCUCAUCAUCGUCACCGGUAAAGGCGAACUCAAAACACGCUAUCUAGCCGAAAUCGCACACCUCGAAUCGACGGAGGCGUGGCGGUUCGUACGUAUUCGAACGGCGUGGUUGGAGACGCAAGACUACCCUCUUCUGUUGGGAUCUGCCGAUAUCGGUGUAUCACUGCAUACGUCGAGCAGCGGAUUGGAUUUGCCGAUGAAAGUGGUGGAUAUGUUGGGAUGCGGGCUGCCCGUGUGUGCGCUGGAUUUCGCGUGCCUCGACGAGCUGGUGGUGGAGCGGUGGAACGGCGUGGUGUUUCGGGAUGCCGAAGGGCUCGCGAGACAGUGGGAGAGCUUGCUCGCCAACCAUCCCGAGAAGAAUUGGCUGGCUACUGGUGCGGGGAUGCAGGAACCAUUCGACCCGCCUACGCCGAGAACGCAUACGCCGACCAUGCUGUUGUCGGAACCGGGCAGAUUCAGUGCACCACCAAUGUCGCCGAACCCGAGUUUGACACUCGUCCACAGUCCCGGUUACGCACCGUGGUCGAACGGCGAUGCGGUGAAAGCGGCCAGGAGUAGGAGGAGUACGUGGGCGGGGAACUGGAAGCACGUGAUGAGACCAUUGUUGGAUCCCAGGACGGCAAUGGAUGAGGAGGAAGAAAGUUCGAUCGAUAGGGACUUGGUGCGUACGUCGGCGAUCAAGCUGAACUCGAUGGGUGCUGGAAUACUCAAACGACGGGCGAGGGACAGAGACGGUUACACGAUGGCUGCGAGCUCCGACUCACCCAUCAGCGGUGGUGAUGGUGGAAGUCCGAGCAAGAACAAGCACGCGGUCGAUGUGCACAGCCAAAGGGAGGAGCACGCUGAGGAAGACAACACGCUGCAAAAGAGUUCAGCCAAGGCCGGAUUUGAGUUCGUCAGCCAGGCAGCCCUGGCGAGCGAAGGAGAGAGUCAGAAGGGUCUCAGACAGCGCAAGUCGGUCAGCAAAGGUGGUACUGCAGCAGCAGCACACCAGCAGCAUCCGUUCAGCAUCACCGGCUUGGACGAUAUGGAAGAUGAUCGCGCUCGUAGGAGGGAAGGAGACUCGAUCCCGGCGAUCCAGGUAUCCAGACCUCCUGGACCAUCUUGA